UGUCACGUGAUUGUACCCGCCUGUAGGUUUGAAACGUUGUGGAAAAUGUUUCAACUUUUACAUUUCAAUGAAGUUUAAUGGUAGAAUGUCUGGCAGAUAAUGGUCAGAGAUGGCAAAAGGUCAGAAGAAAGAAGAUGGAGAUGAGAUCCGCAAAGCACUUGGGCUUAACAAGAAUCAGUGCCUGUUUUGCCUGAAGUCUGAGGAUAAUGAAGAGAAGUUUGGCAAAUACAUAAAGAAAUUUGGACUGACACUCCACUAUUUUUGUAUGCUCUUUGCAAGUGGAUUGAGUCAGCGAGGAGAGAAUGAUGAGGAUGGUAUAUCCGGUUUUCUACCAGCUGAUGUACUAAAGGAACUAAAAAGGGGACUAAGGCUGAGAUGCACGUUUUGUAAAUCCAAAGGUGCAACUAUUGGCUGUGUGGUUGGAAAGUGUCGGACAGUGUUUCACUACAGUUGUGGGAUAGAAAGCAAAACACUGCACCAGUUUUUUGACACAUUUAGUUCAUUUUGCUCUGAACAUCGGCCACUACAGACAGCAUGCCCCGAGGAACAAGCCGAGGUAUCCACUUGUGCUAUAUGUAUGACCACUGUUAUCAAUAGACCUCAGAAUGACACACUCAAAUCACCAUGCUGUAGAGGAUCAUGGUUCCACAGAACAUGCAUACAGAAACAUGCCACAACAGCUGGGUUGUAUUUCUUUAAAUGUCCACUCUGUAACAACAAGGAUCAUUUCCAGGAGGAAAUGUUAAGGAUGGGAGUCCAUAUUCCUGACCAAGAUGCAGCCUGGGAGACUGAGCCAAAUGCCUUCACUGAUCUGUUGGAGAGGUACCUUCAUUGUGAUGCAUACAGAUGUCACUGUGACAAAGGGAGGGACUACAACAAAGAUGGAGGGAAGUGGGAGAUCUUGGUUUGUGACUGGUGUGGAUCCACAGGUUCUCAUGUCGGGUGUCACAAUAUCAUAAAAGUAGGCCCUGAUGACUACAUGUGUCCAGACUGCUAUGAGAUAGAGGAAAAAUGGAAUAACUGUCGUGGAAUAAAGAUCAAGAGGAAAUGCAAGAAGAAGAUUCCUUCUCCUAGAGCAAACAAGCGACAGGAAGACCCCUGCUUAGAGAACAAAGGCAAGAGUGAAUACCAGCAACAAGGCAGUGGCUACAGAAAACUGACCACCCCUUCGGCCUUAUCAGAUAUGAUGUCAGGUGAUGAAUUCUCUGGCCCAGAAGCCAUGGAUGGAAUGUUGAGCCCUGGAAGUUGUAAUAAGUCAGCAGGGAACACAGGUCCAUUAGAGUCUCCUGACAAACAUGAGAGUAUCAUCUCUCCAAUAUCGCUAUCCAAAUGUAGUGGGAAGAAAAGAUUUAUCAACAAAGAAUUGCAGUUUAAUACACAGCAGAAAAGUUCAAAUGUCACAUCUACCAUGGUCACCAAGAAACAGACUGCCAGUAAAACUGUUGAAUCUGAGGAUGAAGAGAUUGAUGUGGAGGGUUUGGAAGACAGGGUUGAACCUCAGAGGAAGAAGUCUUUUCCUCAAGCCUUUUCCCCACCCCAAAUGAAAGGAUAUGCUUACGUUGAAGACACACAAGGACAGACGAGGGAAGGGAGGAGGAUGAAGAGGAAAAAGAAACAACAUGACAGUAUUCGCAAACUUCUGAAGUUAGACAUCGAUAUGACUUGGACAGAUGUUGAUAGUUCAGACUCAGAUUCUGACUUUAGACCGAAAAAGCUGAGGAGAAGAAAUUCAGUUAAGUACACCUAUGACAGCAGUCCUAGUGUCGAUCUGGAAACAAAAAAAAGAAAAAGGCAUAGGGCCUCCGCAACAGUGACAAGCAGUUCUCAGUUACAGCAAACAAGCAGUAUGUCUGAAAACUUGGUCGAAAUGGAUUUUGUUACUGUUGCUGAGACUAAUGAAACUAAGAAUACAACAUGUCCUCCUGAAAAUCACCUGGUGGUUACCUCUCUUGACAACCUCAGCAGUACAGAUGAAAGUGCUAAUAAGGACCUUACACGUAAGGAAACCCAAAAACCAAAGAUUUCUUUAAAUCAAGAUCUAGAUGUUUGUUUCGAUGAAAAAUUGCUCUCUGAUAAUGCUCCUAGGAAAAGCAGUGAUUCUUGUAACGACAGAUCUGUAACAUCUUUAUUAGAUGGAAAACUAACAUUGAAAAGAUCUUCAUGUGAAAAAUCUAAGAGUACAAAAAACAGGAAAGCUUCAAAAGGUAAAAAGAGGUACAAAAUGAAUCCCAAUCAAAUGCUUAUCAAACAGUGGUUGGAAAAUAGCAAUGGUGAGAAAAAAGUGGAAGAGAAAGUGGAAUUACCUCCUGCAGUAGACAGCACCAAAUGUGAAGAGAAACCACGAAAAACAACACUAAAAAUCAGAUUUAAAGGCAAAACCUUCUUGUUCAAUAGACGCAUUAGAAAAAGCACAUCAUUCAAAGAAAACUUACAAGCAGGAGAGAAGGAAUCUGUCGGUUAUAGUAAGCAGUUUUCACCCAGGGUGGAGAGUCAUCAAGGGAAACAACUCAAAGAAUGUAGGAAUUUUGGAUCAAAUUCAUGGAAAUCUAUAGAUCCACUCUCAAGCCCACCAGAAGGAAUAGCAGAUUCCACAGAUCUUUGGAGGGAAGCCAAAAGAAUGGUAUUUACAGAAAGAAAGAAGAAUUUUAUGGAGCAAAGACACCUGUGCUCACCUAGGACAUUUCCAAAGAAGAAAAGAUCCAGAGCAAUUGAGUCCUUAGUACGGCUUCCAGAUGACACUAUCAACAGUUAUGAUGAGGAGCGCAUUUAUUGCACUGUUUCUAAUUUGAAUGUCAAGUGUUCCUUGGCCAAGAAAUUUGAUUUUUCAGAGAGAACUCCUUCUGAAAGUGAGUCCACUUCUACAGACAUGUCAACUCUGACUUUCAUUGAUACCAACAGCUUUCUAAGUGAAAGUUCAAUGCCGAAAUUAUCCCCAGUGGAAAUGGAUGAUAGCGUAAUUAUCAUGAGGGACAAAAAUAGAAAUGAUCCCCAGGUGUCACCUGUGGGAGAUACUCACCACUGCAUGUUAGUCAAUCUCAAACCCAACAGACUAGACAUUCAUAAGAGAGCAGGGAGUAUGUCUCCUAACUCAACAAAUCACAGCGAGACGAGUCUGUCAGAUGAUGAUGGAGGUCACAUGAUCAGUUCCUUCCCUCAGAGAAUUGCCACUACUAGAAGCAUGUCUGCAAUGGAUGCCCAGUGUUAAAAAACAAAGGAGAAAUUCAGAGGAACAAUUUUGUUGAUGAAGAAGCCAGGUUGAACUUUUUGCAUCUCUCUUGUUUAUUUCUAUUACCAGUCAAUGAAAUGGGGGUGACAUUUAGGUUACCAUUUUAUAUUUGUAGAAUUUUGUAUAGAAGAAACAUAUAUCUGAUGUUACUAUAUGAGGAGUGAUGAUAUUUUUUGCCUUCAGAAGUAGAUUCUCAGAUUUAAAACAACUGCGUACUAUGUAUGCCAGAAAGUGUUCAGGAAAGUUUGUGUUCAUGUGUGAUUUAUAAACAGUUUAGUAUGAAUUGAGGUUUUUGCUUCAAAUGCAAUGAAUUUUAUAUGGUUCUCUAAUCCCAUAGGUAGUUUCUGUGGUUUAACUUUGGGCUCAUCAAGGCUUAAUCAAAACAUUAUCCAUUUAUUAUAUAAAGCUUGAUUUAAAUGAAGUUAAGUUAUGAAAUAUCAGCAUGAUAAAAUCUUUAAUAAAAGCAGUUUUAAAUAUUCAUUAUGAUUUGCAAAAUGCCAUUAAAUUUUUACAUCAUG